AUGACGAGAACUGUCCCUGCUAAUUACACGUUUGAGGAGAAGCCCAGAGAAGGGAAGAAGGCUUUUGGGUUAAGGAUUAGUAAAAGAAAAGAAAAAAGGCAAACAACCAACCCCUCCUUUCUGGCAUUUGUUAGCAGGUGCAAUAUUGACUUCAAGAAUGAUUCUGCAAAAUUGGUACCUGAACAAGUAACUGCUGCUGCCAUUAGUGACAGCAGACAUUUAGCCAAUGUGCAUGGUUUCAGUGCAACUGAGAGCAGAUUUGCCGCUCAGUGUGGGUCUAGCAGUCAUGUUUGCCUUACUCGUAUUACUCACUGUAUUAGCAAGAUCGAGCAAAGUUUUGGUCUCAAAGAAAUUGCCUGUGAGACAAAUAUAGUUUUUACAGAAAAAUCUAAGGAUGAUUUUGCCGACUCUGUAUACCAAAUGGUUGCACAGAAGUUCCAGGAGCUGACAGACAAUUUCACUUCCAUGCAUGCACGCCACAAAACUCUUGCAGGCAUUGUGAUGACCAAAGGUUUGGACAUCAGGCAAGCUCAGGUUAUUGUGCUGUCAUCGGGUACCAAAUGUAUAAAUGGGGAAUACAUUAAUGACCAAGGGCUUGUGGUCAACGAUUGCCAUGCAGAAAUUGUGGCAAGAAGGGCAUUUGUUCACUUCCUCUACUCACAGCUGGAGCUACACUUAAGCAAACGGCGAGAAGACUGGGAGCGAUCAAUCUUCGUGCGAUUAAAAGAGGGAGGCUACAGGCUGAGGGAGAACAUCUUGUUCCAUCUCUACGUGAGCACUUCACCGUGUGGAGAUGCACGACUCAACUCCCCCUACGAAAUCACCACAGACUUGAACAGCAGCAAGCACAUAGUGAGAAAAUACCGUGGGCACCUCCGAACAAAGAUUGAGUCUGGAGAAGGAACCAUACCUGUCCGGUGUCAUAACGCAGUUCAGACGUGGGACGGCGUGUUGCUGGGAGAGCAGCUCAUCACCAUGUCCUGUACAGACAAAAUCGCCAGGUGGAACAUCCUUGGCCUCCAAGGUGCUCUCCUCAGCUCCUUCAUUGAACCCAUGUACUUGCAUAGCAUCAUUGUGGGAAGCCUCUAUCACACUGGUCACCUUUCCCGGGUAAUGAGCCAUAGAAUAGAAGACAUUGGUCAGCUGCCACCUUCAUACCGGCGCAAUCAGCUGCUUCUCAGUG